AUGGGUUCACCAAUCUCCGGCCUCGUUGCCGAGGCGGUUCUACAAAAACUCGAGAGACGACUAUUCGGGGAGUGCAAACCCAAGUUUUGGGCACGCUACGUUGAUGACACCUUUGUGAUAAUCGACCAGGAUAAAAUCAACUACUAUGCGGAAGUACUGAACUCAAUCAUUCCUGAUGUAAAGUUCACGAUGGGAGAGGAAGUAGUGGACAAACUUCCAUUCUUGGAUGUUCUCGUCUGCCGCCAACCAAAUGGCGAACUAACGACGUCAGUCCACAGAAAGCCGACGAACACGCUACAAAUGCUCAGCUACAACAGCAACCACCCGCUACAACACAAACGAAGCUGUGUCCGCACGCUGUACCGACGGGUGGAAACUCAUUGCGUCACGCCAGCCGCCAAACUGGACGAGGCAAAGCGCCUCCAAGAACUCUUAGAGCCAGUGGCUAUCCGCGCGCAUUCAUUGAACGGAACCGGAGGCAGCCAAAGAAACGGAACGAAGUGCAUAUUCAGUCAAACUCGUGGUGGAGCAUUCCGUACAUUAAAGGGGUCUCCGAAGCAGUGGCUCGAUCACUCGCGCCACUCAGAAUUGGUGUUGCCAACAGGCCUGACUCAAAAAUCCGCCGGCAAGUGA